ACACUCAACCAGUUCCUAUUGCAUGCCCUUUUGCUUUUAUUGCUUAGUUCAUAAUAGUUAAGAGUUUCUGAGUUCUGACUUGAAAAUGGCAAAACAAAUAUCCCACUUCACUUUGGUAGCUCUUGCUUUAUGCUAUUUGGCCUUUGCCCAUGAACCCAAGCCCCUGCAAGAUUUCUGCAUAGCCGAUCCAAAUAGCUCAGUUAAUGUAAAUGGCAUGACCUGCAAGAAUCCUAUGCAAGUUCAAGCCAAUGAUUUCUACUUUAGUGGCCUCCACCUAAUGGGUAACACAUCAAACCCUUUGGGAUCAAGUGUGACACCGGUGACUGUAGCUCAGUUAACAGGGCUCAACACUUUAGGCAUCUCAAUGGUACGCAUUGACUUUGCACCUUGGGGAAUCAACCCUCCUCACACUCAUCCACGAGCCACUGAGAUCAUCACUGUUAUAGAAGGAUCCCUUCAGGUUGGAUUCGUCACCUCUAAUCCAGAUAACCGUCUCAUCAGUAAGGUACUAAACAAGGGGGACGUGUUUGUCUUCCCAGUAGGACUUCUUCACUUCCAACGUAACAUUGGGAACAAAUAUGCGGUGGUUAUUGGUGCAUUAAGCAGUCAAAACCCUGGUGCGAUAAUAAUCGGAAAUGCUGUUUUCGGAUCAAACCCGCCCAUUUCGAGUGAUAUCCUAGCCAAGACAUUCCAAGUGGAUAAAAAACUGGUGGACCAGCUCAAGGCAAAGUUCUAACGCAUUAGACAAAAGAAAACACCAAAAGAAGAGAGUGUGUGCAGAACUUGUUUGCAUUAAUGUUUUCAAUAUUUCAAUUGUUUAUUUCUUCUUUUCUUUCCAUCUGAAAGACAAUACAAUCCGUUGGGAAGAAUUUUCAUUGA